GGCGCCGAGUGUCAAACUCCCCGCAGUUGGCCUCAAGGUGAACAGCAAACGCUGUGAAAAUUGCUGAAAAACUGCUCUGUGAUUCCAUGAAAAGUGUACAAAAAGGUGAGAAAAUUAUUCCCUAAAACCCAUCGGAAGAUCAUGCAGCAGUAAUUUGGUGGAGGAGUGACGUGAUUUGGGCAAAAACAGCGCUUUUUGUCCAGCAAACCCAUCCGUCUUCUUCUUCAAGGGAGCUGUAGAUCUUGUACAAGGAAAAAUGUCUCCUGUGCCUGAAGUUAAUCAGCCAGAUCCGGCAGAUAAAGCUGAAUGUUCAUCGGGAAGUGAUCUCACUGAGGAGAGUAUCAAUUUGCAGGACUUUGUCGUGGUGCCUAGUCAAAUUUCUUCUCCAGGCAGCUCCACAGAGAGCCAUGAGAAUGAAGAUUUGGAAUGCUACAGUGAUGCUCAAUUAAAGGCCAUGCUGGAUGAUGCGAUUACUUACAAGACACCUAAAGGUCAGGAGGAAGAGAAACCGGCUGCAAAGGUAGCAGAAGAACUUAAGAAAUGUGAGAAUUUAGAGGUUUCCGCAAGCGAAGAGGAUUCCCGGAAAACGCCUAAAGAUGAGGAUCGAAAGCCUCAGGGGCCUCAGGUUUUGUCUCAGAAGAAAGAUGAAGGCCCUAAGAAGCAGGAAGCUCCCAUAAAGAGUCCUUUUAUGCGAGUAGCCGAUGCAUGGGAUUCUAAAACAUUUUCUGGUUCAAGAGAUUACGGAUUUGGCCCAAAAUCUGCUCAUCCCUUUGGAAUGAUGGACUUCAAUCGGACCUCUGGAAUCAAUCUCGGUCAGGACUUUGCUGCCUAUCGCCCUAGGAUUAUGAGAAAUAUGCCUGGAAAUGAGAAUAUCCCAGAAAAUAUGUCCAAAGGCCUCGGCGGUGGUGGCUAUCAACGUCCGGAAUUUGUGCAUGAGGUCAAGGUGAAGAAGGAGAGGAAUGCCAUCGUGAGGAAUUCCCAUGAAAUUGAUGGGUAUCGUGGGAGUGACAAUAUUGAUAACCUUGUGAAGUUUAUCGAGAGUACAGAUUCCGCCCCAUCGGGGGGACCCAAGAAAUUCUCCAAAGGUGGCAAGCCUACGAAGAAUCCGGGGGGCAAGAAGGCCAAGAAAGCCCCACAGAAGAUCAAACAGCAGCCAAAACCCAAGGAAAUCCUCAAGGAAGUGACUCAAACUGUUAAAGCUCCCGCUGAGCAACUUUCCGAUGUCCAGGAGGUCAAGGUGUCAUCCGGGAGGGCUUCUGGCAGCACAUCACCAAGUAUUGAGACCAGUGAUUUCCGUGUGGUGAUGAAAAAGAAGAAAAAGCCAAAGAAUUGACGAGGAAUUAUCUCAGGGAUUUACUAGAACUCUUGCCAUACAGCUCGUCAGAAAGUAAAAUUGCUUCAUCCCCCCCAGCGCAAAUCCAGCACACUUUCCGGUGGGGCAGAAUCUCGCGAAUAUUCCCCCGGAAGUUCUAUAUUUGAAGAAAAAAAAAGUUCCGUUAAUAAAAAUCAAAUAAUUACCAAGGCA